CCAAAUCGCAUUCAAGCCAAAUCAGCGCCAGGAAACCCCCCUUUCACCAGGUCAACAUGUCGCACUUCCGGUCCAAGAUCCUCGAUCUCGGCGGGUUCAUCAACCCCCGUGUUGUCCGCGACCACACCAAGCGGAAGGUUUUCGAGCAAUUCGAGCCGGAACGCCAAGCUCUCCGCUACGUGAUUCACAACACCUCCCUCCCCCAGCGUGUGCGCGCUCAGGCUCAGCUCCAGCUCGCUUCCAUGCACGCCUACACUCGCUCGACGCAGAUCAAGAACCGCUGUGUGGCGGGUGGUGUUCCUCGCAGUGUUAUUCGGGCGUUUAGACUUGGUAGAUACCAAUUCCGUCAGCAGGCGCUGGCCGGUGAACUCCCCGGUGUGAAGAAGGCCAGUUGGUAAAAUAGUAUGGGAAUUUUAUGCGAAAAGAAUACAUAUAUUUGUGAUAGCUUUCAUUGGGUUCGUUCGGCGGGUUCUUCCUGAAAGGCGUUUGUUUUCAACUUUCCUCCGUUUCCUUGUUGGUCAGAGGACUUGUAUAUUAGGUUUUGUUAGAUGAUGAGGAGGAAUAAGAUAUGCCUUUUCAUUGUCUUGAGUACUGUGCUUAGUUGAGCUGGUCUCUGAUCUACAGUACUCCCAGAGAGGGGGAUUGCAGUAAUGUGGCUAUUUUCGGGGGAUUAUGUUCGGCAUCAUCCAUAGCUGGAUGUGACACCGUCGGAUCUUGUCGAUUGGUCUGCGCGGUGAAGGGCGGAUGUUACAUGAAGUACUAAGCUAUGCAUUGACAAACGCAUGCACUUGGCUUCACUUGAUAUUCACUGGCAUUGGCUGGGCGAAGUUGCAGUUUCUUUUUGGUUCUCCUGUUUGUUCUUGCCGUUGCUUUUAUUCUAG